UGAACGGUGCUUCCGCGAUUUUCCCAUCCACGAGAUCAGGAUGGACAUAAGAUCACAGAGUCAGGAUCAAGAAGAAAUAUUUCGAGGUCUAGAAAGUGAGGGACAAAAAAGAGCAAGGAUGGAUUAUAUAACAUGGACUGAAGCAGAGGCUAACGAAUUGCUUAGACUGUUAGUAGAGGAAGUUAAGAAUGGAAAUAAGCAAGCAAAUGGCAGUUUUAAAAAGUAUGUGAUUCUGAAGAAUGUGAUACCCCCUCUAGUUGAAAAUUUUGGAAAAGAUUUUAGAUAUAAUCAUGUAAUGAACAAGAUAAAGCAAUGGAAGAGAAAGAUUGCACCUGUAGAGAUCCUGAUGAAAAAUAACUCUGCUUUUGGUUGGGACCCUACCACACAGAAAUUUACAUGUCCCGACGAAGUGUGGAAUGGCAUUUUAGAGGCACGUCCAAAUACUCCAAAUCUCAAAGAUAAACUUUUUAAGAAUUUUGAGGAUAUACUUAUGGUAUGCGGAGAUCAUGGCGCUUCUGUUAGGUCCUGA